GCCCCUGGUGGUGCCCCGACCCCUGCAGCCAGCUGGCCUUCUGAGGGCAACGGAAGAGCUUCCCAGCGGGCGAGGGAAAGAGUGAAAGUAGCCAGCCAUGUCGAAUGCAAUGUAUAAUAAGAUGUGGCAUCAGACCCAAGACGCCCUCAAUUCUUUGCUUGAUAAAGAGUCUCAGAAGAUGGCAGAACCACAAAAAAGUCAAGUUUUCUUCUUCCAAAUGUUAGCCACCUUCUACAUAAAAUAUGUUCAGAUCUUUAGAAACCUGGAGACUGUCUAUGACCAGAUAGUCCAUCCACAGAAACGAACACUGAUCCGGAAAAUACUGGAUGGGGUGAUGGGUCGCAUCCUGGAACUGAAGAAUGAGAUGGUUGAAGUGGAAUUAACCGAGUUUCAUUAUUUUGAUGACCUCUUACAGGAUCUAAAGUUGGUGCCUCAACAGUUAGACAUUCCCAUACCCAGGUACUUUUUGAAGGAGAAGUUGGAAGUGAUAAAAGGAAGAGAGAAAAUCCUCGCUCAGAUAUUGGCCGAGAGUGGAUUAGCUGCAACUGACCCGAAAUAUUCAGUAAAGGAUAUCCCCUUAGAAGAGGCUGUUAAAUUGAUCCAGAUUGCUGAGAGGGCACGGCAAGGUCGCCUAAGAGCACUAUUCAUGAAGCAGAUCUGUAUGCAAGAAUACAGGGCGAAGCUAUCCAGGGCACUUGGCGAGAAAGUGACAGACACCAGGGCUGCUGCACUCUGUAUUCAGAAGGUUUGGCGAGGUUUCCAUCAGUAUAGGAGAACCGAAAAAGAAAGAGAAGAGGAGAUGAUAUUCCUGGGUAUGGAUCCACCUCCUUUCUUUAAUGAAGUCAGCACUACGAUAAUCCAGGCCGAAAGGGUGAACCGUCUGCGGGAGGAGGUGCAGAUGAAGCAUGAAGAGGACUACAAGGAAGCCAUGGUUACAAUCAAGGAAAACCUGAAAUUAACAGAAGGUCCAGACAUCAAGGAGAGCCUUCAGGACCAGAUCCGGCACUGGUUCAUCGAAUGCAGGAAUUUAACUGGCAAAUUUCCUGACUACCCUGAGAUAGAAGAGUAGGGUCCUGGGAUUGUUUAUCAAGACAAAGUCAUAAAGUUAGAAGAAGAAGAGGAGUGGAAGAUGUCACCGAGUGUUUUCCUUCACACGAUGGAGGAAGGAAAUAACUUAUACAAAGACAGGUGGAUGAAUAAAGAUGAAUCUUGGAAUUUCCCUCAAGACUAUGAUCCAGAACUGAUCAAAGAGGAGAAAUGGAAAGAAUUAGAGUUGGAGCUAAGGGUGCAGGUUGAUGAGCUGAUGAGGCAAGAACUAAAAAACUUGAAACUAGCUGUGAACAGAGAAAAGGAAUACCCAGUCAAACCAAGAAAGAAUAAAGAGAAGAAAAAUAAAGGGAAGAAAGGCAAAAGAGGGAAAAAGGACAAAGACCUGACAGCUGACAGGACCAUCGAGUCUCUGUACAAGGAACUGGUGGAAGAGGGAUUACUGAUCCAGGCUCUGAAAGUCAACCUCUCUGAUUACAUCGGUGAGUACAGCUACCUGGGGACGACUCUUCGCCAGGUAUCCAUAGAACCCAUGCCUUCCCUGCUGGAUGUCAGACAGCUCAUCACGUUGUACGGAAUCUUGCCGUUAGGUUCUGCAGCAGUGCAUGCAAAAGCCCCCUUGGUGAAAUCGCUGCUGUUGGUCGGGCCAUCCGGGGUAGGGAAGAAAAUGCUGGUCCAUGCCAUCUGUACCGAAACGGGAGCCAACCUCUUCAACUUGUCCUCACGUAACAUUGCAGGGAAAUACCCUGGCAAAAGUGGCCUCCAAAUGAUGCUGCAUGUGGUCUUCAAGGUGGCUCGAGAGCUCCAGCCCUCCGUGGUGUGGAUCGAAGACACAGAGAAAACCUUUUACAAGAAAGUUCCCAAUGCGGAAAAGAUGAAUGAACCUAAACGCCUGAAAAAACAGCUUCCGAAAAUCCUGAAACUCCUGAAACCAGAUGACAGGAUUUUGAUUGUGGGGACAACACAGCGUCCUUUUGAUGCUGAACUCCAAUCCUUUUGCAAAGUUUACCAAAAAAUUAUUUUGGUUCCCAGGCCGGACUAUGCUUCCAGAUACGUUUUGUGGAAACAAAUCAUUCAGCGCCAUGGAGGAGUCCUUUCUAAGACCUUGAAUGUCAGCUGCCUGGCAAAGGUCACCGAUGGCUUCACCCAAGGACAUAUCGUCAAAGUGGUUAAAGGUGUGCUCACAGAUCGGAGAAUCCGGCAACAAACUCACAAACCACUCACCGCAGCCGAGUUUACUGAGGCCAUAACUGGCAUGAACCCAGUGUACAAAGAGGAAGAAGAGAGCUUCAAGAACUGGUAUGCCAAAACCCCUCUGGGUAAAAAGCGAGCCUUGGCCUUAACGGGAGGCAGCACAGAAAAGCCAAAGGAUAAAGGGAAAAAGAAAGAAAAGAAGGGGAAAAAGGAGAAGAAGAGAAAGUAGUGGCUUCCUGAGGACCACUGUGGGGUCUCUCUGGGGGGAGACAGCGCUGCUCUCCAGAGA